UGCCCUUUGUGUCCCGGGCUCGCUAGCUGGCGGGCGAGCGGCUGGCUCGGCAAAGGCCCGGCCGCUCCGAGUGUCUCGCCGCUCGCGCCUGCGGGGCCCGCCGUGAGGAGCAGCAGCAGGGGCAGCAGCAGCAGAGCGCCGCCAGCGCCGCCAUGGUGAAGCGGAAAGGCCGGGUCCUCGUUGACUCCGAAACCGAGGACAGCGGCAGCGAGGAGAACCUGGACCAGGAGCUUUUAUCACUUGCCAAACGGAAACGUGGUGACUCUGAGGAAAAAGAAGCACCUGCUAGUAAGCCUACAGCAUCUUCAGAUUCUGAGACUUCAGACAGCGAUGUAGAGUGGACAGUCGGAGGUUCUAAAAACAAAAAGAAAGUGAAAACUGGGAAAGCAGAGAAAAAAGGAGCCAUGAAGAAACAGAUGAACAAAGCAGCCUCAUCAGGCAGUUCUGAUAAAGAAAGCUCAGCAGAGAGCUCUGCACCUGAAGAGGGUGAAGUAUCUGACUCUGAAAGCAAUAGCUCUUGUUCCAGCUCAGACUCUGAUUCAUCUUCAGAAGAUGAGUUCACUGAUGGCUAUGGGGAGGACCUCAUGGGUGAUGAAGAGGACAGAGCUCGGCUAGAACAGAUGACAGAAAAGGAGAGGGAGCAGGAGUUGUUUAAUCGGAUAGAGAAGAGAGAGGUUCUAAAGAGGAGGUUUGAAAUAAAAAAGAAAUUAAAGACAGCAAAAAAGAAAGAAAAGAAAGAGAAAAAGAAGAAGCAAGAAGAAGAGCAGGAGAAGAAAAAACUCACCCAGAUCCAGGAAUCCCAGGUAAUGUCACACAAUAAAGAGCGACGGUCAAAGCGAGAUGAAAAAUUGGAUAAGAAAUCCCAAGCCAUGGAAGAACUGAAAGCAGAAAGGGAGAAAAGGAAGAACAGAACAGCUGAGUUGCUUUUAAAGAAGCAGCCAUUAAAAACGAGUGAAGUUUACUCAGAUGAUGAAGAGGAAGAAGAAGACGAUAAAUCUAGUGAGAAAACUGAUCGUUCAUCCAGAUCUUCAUCUUCCGAUGAGGAGGAAGAGAAAGAAGAAAUCCCUCCUAAAUCACAACCAGUGUCCUUGCCUGAAGAACUGAAUCGGGUUCGAUUAUCUCGACACAAACUAGAGCGAUGGUGUCACAUGCCUUUCUUUGCCAAGACGGUCACUGGCUGCUUUGUGCGCAUCGGCAUAGGAAACCACAAUAGCAAACCAGUUUACAGAGUGGCAGAAAUAACAGGUGUUGUAGAAACUGCAAAGGUUUAUCAGCUUGGAGGUACCAGGACAAACAAAGGGUUGCAGUUAAGGCAUGGCAGUGACCAGCGUGUGUUCCGCUUAGAAUUUGUCUCCAAUCAAGAAUUCACAGAGAGUGAGUUCAUGAAGUGGAAGGAAGCUAUGUUUUCUGCCGGGAUGCAGCUACCAACACUAGAUGAGAUAAACAAGAAGGACAUGUCUAUCAAAGAAGCCCUCAACUAUAAAUUCAAUGACCAGGACAUUGAAGAGAUUGUAAAAGAGAAAGAAAGGUUCCGGAAAGCACCACCAAACUAUGCCAUGAAGAAAACACAGCUACUAAAAGAGAAGGCCAUGGCAGAAGACAUGGGAGAUCAGGACAGAGCAAAACAGAUUCAAGACCAGCUUAAUGAGUUAGAGGAGAGAGCAGAGGCCUUGGAUCGCCAGCGAACGAAAAAUAUUUCAGCCAUCAGUUACAUCAAUCAGAGGAAUCGAGAAUGGAACAUUGUGGAAUCUGAAAAGGCUCUAGUGGCUGAAAGCCACAGUAUGAAAAACCAACAGAUGGAUCCCUUUACUCGGCGGCAGUGUAAGCCCACAAUAGUCUCCAACUCUAGAGAUCCUGCUGUCCAAGCUGCUAUUCUUGCCCAACUUAAUGCAAAAUACGGAUCAGGUGUAUUGCCAGAUGCUCCAAAGGACAUGAGCAAGAGUCAGGGAAAAGACAAAGAUAUGAAUUCAAAAACUGCCAGUGACCUCUCAGAGGAUCUCUUCAAAGUGCAUGAUUUUGAUGUGAAGAUUGAUCUCCAGGUUCCCAGCUCAGAGUCCAAAACACUGGCUAUCACCUCCAAGGCUCCCCCAGCAAAAGAUGGCGCCCCCCGGCGAUCACUGAACCUGGAGGACUACAAGAAAAGGCGGGGGCUUAUUUGAGCAAACCCCACUCUCUGCUGCUUCUGAUCCUGCAUGCUACAUGAUAUCCCGCCCUUUAUUUUCUUCCCUCCCUCUUCAGUUUGCCCUUCGGGGUUGGAGCAGCAACAGAGCUGGGAAGAGACUCUUUAAAAUUGCCAGCCAUCUGUAAUAUAAAUCAUUGACUCUUUACUGUAUAGACCUCCAUUUCUUGCCCUUUUCUGCCACCCACAAAUAUGGAUCCAUGCUAUUUUUAGUUUUGUUUUGUUUGUUAAUACAGCUAUUUGGAGUUGGCUGUAUGUAUUCAGUGUUAACCUGGAGUCUGGAUUUCUGCAGGAAUCUGUUGGUGGCAGAAGCAGUGUUAGCACUUGGCUGUCUCAACCACCACAAGCAAGGAAAAUUAAACCGUGGCACAAGACCUCUUGUGAAGGUCGCCUGCACUUUUUUCCUCGUCUUCUCUUCCCUUGCUCCUAGCCGUGGAGAAGGGCAUAUUUUACGAACUGGUUUAGGUUGAAAGUGUACAUUUUUGUGGGGGGUGGGUGGGUUGUGUGAAUUUUUUUCAGAUAGUUUUUUUAAAAAUCGAUUUUCACCUGCAGUAAAUUUGUAUCUGUCAUGGUUCUUUAAAUCUGUCUUGAAUUUUUACCAGCUAUAUUUGAGCAUCCUCAACAGCAGGGGCAAUUUAAUAAAUGUGAUUUUAUUUUAUUAUUUUAUUGUUUUUUACAAACAGGGAGCCUGGCUGACAAUAGCUCUGUAACUUCACACUGUUCCUUCACACAGACUUAGAAAAACCCCUUCCCUCAUCUUCCCCCCAGUCACUGUCUUUGUAAAGCAGUAGUACAUGUGCCCUUGAAUUUCCUGCUACAGGUAGGUGGGGCAGUUUUAUUGUUCCUGGCUGCUACUUGGAUCUCUUCCCCACCCAGCCCAAAAAUCCCACAACAAACCAUGUAACCUUUCGAUCUUUCAUUUUGCACCCUUACCAAAUUGCCUUUUAUAGCCAGAAGUAUUUUUUUCAUUUGCCUCCCGUUUUUAUUUUAUUUUAUAUUUUAAUCUUGUUCUGCAGAAUGGAAAGCGUACAGUAAAAAAUUGAAAAUAUAAGAGGGCAGUUAAUUUGACCUAUAUGUAACUGGUACAACGUGUGCAGCUGAACUCCAGCACAAGGAUUGUAUGUACGGAAUGUCUGAAUAGGAAAAAGAUGACUGCUUGAUAAUCACUCAGGUGUAAAGAUCAAAGUGUAAAUAAAUGACAUUUUAUCAAAGAGCUCUUCAAAAUGAACUACCAUGGAUUAUACUGAACUAAGACUGUGCAUACAUUGAUGAACGUUAGUGAUCUGUCGGAUCAUGCCAGUGCCAGUGCUGGAAAAGUGCCCUAAAUAAGGAUACUUUCCUGAAGCUGGAUUAAAAGGAGAAAUCCAAACACACGUGAAGCAUUCUUAAGCAGGCCCAGGAAAUGUUUGCUCACAUCAGAAGAGAAGUUUGAGUCUUGUGGCUGUGAUCUGGGGAAUCCUUAUUGAUGCUUUAAUCUAUUUCCUCUUUGAUUCCUUAUUUAAGAUUAGGGAGACACACACCUGUGUAAAACCUGAUGAAAUGAAGAGGAGGAACACACAGUCCUCCUCCCGAAGUGGUUCUCGUCAAGUUGUGUAAACUUAGUGACUUUAUUUACUACAUAGUCCAUAGCUUCGCAGACUAUUGUGUAAAUAUGUAAUCAUUCUGUUUUUCUGCCUUUUUUCUAGCUACUUUUCUCAAGCGCUUGUGGACUCUUUUAUUGACAUACAUGCUUCUAACUUUUUUUUUUAAAGUGGAUUUCUAGAAUCUGCCAAUGUAUGUUUGGGGAGCCAUUAUGAUAUGCUAUGUAGAUAUGCAUCUCUAUCACUCGGAUUUCUUUGUCAGCAACAUUAUCCGUAGUAGCCAGUCUCCCUGAUACCAACAUUUCUGAUAUAGAGAGAUAGUAAGUCCAAAACUCUUUAACAGAGUUCUGAUCGCCCACCAAUAUUUGCAAAGCUAUGGCAUAGGAGCAAGGAAAGAGCCGGCAAAUGUUAAACUAACGUUCUUAUGAUCCCUCCUAAUUAUCAUGGCAGUCUGCAGCAGAAAUGCACUUCCUGACGUUGGGCUUCAUAAUCAGAGUACGGAAGGCCUCCCUAAGUUGUAAAUAAUGCAUCAGUUUAUCCUUUCCAAUUGGGUUACAGGAGUUGAUCAAAUAAAACACUGUGGAACUUUUAGGACACAAGUGAAUAAGGUCGCCAUCCUCAUGUAUCCCCUCCUUACCAAACUUAGAAGAGGUUCUCCUUUCACACAGGUAAUGGACGAUUCCUUGUCACCUUGUGUUUUUUUCACUUGAGAAUAAUGCAUUGAGGGAGUAAUAUUUUUUUCUGGGAUAGCUAUGGAACUAAUUGUGUAUGAAGGUGUAAUGUUUUCUCCUCUUUUAAGUGCAUGUGACAGUGAGUGGCGACAACACAGGCUCAUUGGGAGGGAUGGGUUUAUUUGCUUUAAUUCAUUGUCUCGGCAGCAUUCGUUACAAAUGUAUAGACUUCUAUAAAUAAACUUUGGUUGGUUUUAAUAAA